AUGGAGACUCCGGAAAGUGACCAGUUCAACCCUACUCAGGAAAUGCAGUGUCCAUCAGUGGUGGUGUGUAUUUAUUCCACAUACAAGGGGAUUGCAUACUGUAGGGCAGGCUAUGUUAGAAGGCUCCUUCUAUGCUUUCCCUCAUUCUUAUACUGUAGGAAACCACUUGGAGUGGUUUAUGCCAUUGUCCAUGUUAAAUCAGUGGUCACCCUAAAUAAAAAUGGAAUAAAGUUCUGUAAGAGAUAACAGACCGACAGAAUUCAUUUCUGGAAAUGAAGAGAUAUUUCCAUAGUCAUAUCUAUCACUUGAAUUUGGUUGAAAUUAAAAGUUCAAUUUCUUUAGUUAAUUAUGUUACACUUAGUGGGUCCAUAUCAUGUUGUAAACCACAAGGUUCCAUGGUUGAGAUGUGUAUAGGCUGUGGCUGUGGGGUCCACCCUGGUCACACCCAUAACCACGUCCUUGUUUAGAAACGGACUUGAGAAUUAUAUUUCAUUUGUGAUUCAUAGUCUGAUCCUACAGCCUACAUGUGAGUACAUUUUGGGGAAUUUUGGUUUGAUUCUCCAUGGCAACUGAUUCAUUUGUGAAUGCACAUGAAUCCUUACAUGAUAUCUGUGCCCCUCCUUGUUGUUGUUUUUUUAAUUAGCGACGUCGGGUAAAGUGCUGCUGACUGACCAUUAAAAUGUUGUCUGUGCACUGGAUGUAGGGCAGGCGAAGUGUGCUGGUGAAAAGUGUCGCGGAGGAGUUCUUCUGUCUCACUGAUGAGACGGACCUAGGGAGGGUGAGCGUGUCAACACCGGAAGUCAGCAUGAGGAGCAGCAGCACUGCUGGACACGGCAAAGGAAGUGAAUCUGUGCUGCUCAGGUAAAUACUUCCUGUUGAUUGGCACGAUAGUUAAGUAUAGGUAGCUGCGUCCCGGACUGGUCUCGGAGUAGUGGGCGUGUCGAAAGAAAUGGGCAAAAUACAUUUUGAUUGAACAGGGUUGUUGCCAGUGCCACUCAGAGUAGCCUCUUUUGUCCAGUCGCUUUCAGGAAGUGCAUGGAGGACGCUAAAGCAUUUUUAAUCACAUACACAACUCAAACUUUUAUGAAAGCAAACAUGACAAAUUGUUACCGUUAUACUAAGUGUCAUGAACAGUAUUGUUCAGUCUCAUAAUAAUUUUCACAUACACACCUCAAACUUUUAUUAAAGCAAUCGUGACGAAACAUGAAGAUCUGCCACCAGGGUAACCUAAUUUUAAUCUCCUGAAAUUAUAACGUGCUAGUAUCAGACGGGCAUCAGCCUAGGCAAUUUUCCCGGGCCGUUCGCUUCGUAAAUUGGUCGUCAUAGGCAUGUCAGCAAACUUGCAGGCAGGCACGCAACUCAUAGGUCUGCCAUUGAGCAAGCUUGCUAUCGGUGUUUAUAAAUAGGACAUCGACAAAUGUAAUAAUUACAUUGCGCACAGAAGCCUAUACAACUGCAAUGAAAUUUGAUAAAUGUAAAAUGUUUACAACAUGAAAGCAUGUUAAGAUACGUGCAUUUACAUGCAAUGCUAAGUGAUUUCACGACACCACAAUUCUGAGUUUCCCAAACGUCCUCAAAUUCAUUUCGAUGCCUCUUCCUACACAGUCAUGUUUCCACAAAUCUCUUCACUCGCUGGCAAGAACUGACAGAAAGUCAGACCAAUACAUGUGCGCUUUCGAUACGCCUACUUUCUUUCGACACACCUAUUUCUUUUGACACACCCAGUCUCCGGCCGCCAUAUUUGCUGCAGCUAUCCCUUCUCAUGCUAGUACUUACAGUGAUUGGCCAACAUAGGACAUGUACUUAUGCUUUCAAGACAACUGGGAACUCGGAGAAAACGAUGUCAAAUCAUGACGUCAGUGAUCUUCAGGUCGGAAAGUCAGAGCUCGAGAAAGCUACCCGAGUUCCCGACUUGGAAAACCUAGUUGGAUUGUUCAAAACGAUUUCUCCCAGUCGGAGCUAGUAUUUUCCGGAGUUCCCACUUGUCUUGAACGCUCAGAAGUCGGAGAAUUCCGAGUUCCCAGUUGUUUUGAACGCAGCAUAACUAAUCAAGAUACUUCUUUCAGGACUGUGACCUUGGAUUAUAAUGAUGGUGAUGACUAUGAUGACGCAGAGGGAAUCCCUGAACAUACACCAAAACCAGAAGUCACAGAAGGUAAAAAUUAUUUCACUCUGUACACUACAACUAGCAUAACAGAUAAUAGGCAGUGGAAAUAAUGUAUCAGUUAUUGACACUGCUCCCAAUUACAGUCUGUUUGCUUGUGUGUUUAGAAUGGAUGUCAGUCAUGGGGGCAAAACUCCCAGAGUUACCAGUUCAUAAAAAGGAGGAGACCUCAAGAAUGGUAAGCAAGAACAAGAACCUCCCAUGAUGCAGACACAGAGAUAUAGAAUACAUUUAAUGGAACAAAAAAAAAAAAAAAAAAAAAAAAAAAUAUAUAUAUAUAUAUAUAUAUAUAUAUAUAUAUAUAUAUAUAUAAAUAGAAUUGAUUUGAAUUUCAGAAAUGUAAGUCACCAAAAGAAUAUAUCCAGCUCCAAAGUGAUAAAGGUACAGUGUACAACGUAGACAUAAUUAUGUUUUUCUGUUACAUCAACAAUUACCUAUUAUCUCUCAUGCCAACUAAGUAAGAACUACCUAAGUAGACUGUUUUGUUUUCAGUCAAAGAAAGAAAUAGCUUAUGUCCUCAGAAUGUUAGUCUGCACUACUUGGCCUAUAACUUUUACAAUUUGAACUGCUCUCAUACAGUAUACUGUAAAUGUUGGCAUUUGAAAAAGCAUGACAUUUUAUUUUAUUAGGGAUGAGUGUACCAGAAACACAGACAAGGAUGAAAGAUCAGGCCAAGAUACCGGUGAGUCACAACGUACCAGAGGAGGCUGGUGGGGGGAGCUAUAGGAGGACUGGCUUAUUGGAAUGGCUGGAAUGGAGUGGAUGGAAUGGAGUCAAACAUGUAGUUUCCAUGUGUUUCCAGAUGUGUUUGAUACCGUUCCGUAUAUUCCAUUGCAGCCAUUACAAUGCGCCGUCCUCCUAUAGCUCCUCCCACCAGCCUCCUCUGCAAUGCACUGUCUGACUCAAGGACAAGUGCCCAUAAUUCCCACCCAUACAUCAUUAUACACUCUUUUCCCUUGUAUUUACUCUGACAUUUCAGCAUGAACGUUGUAUGUUAUAAUACGUUUAAAAAAAACUUGCUUGUUACCUAAGGUCAUGCCAUACUCUCUGUUUCAUGUUUUUGCUUGAUGUAGAUAGGCUCUAGCCAAGUACUGUAGUUGAGAUUUCUCAAACCUACUGAAAGCCCUUGCUGUUAGGGCCACUGCGGUUCACAAUGUUCACGCUAUCUGCUUUCAGUUACCACUAAAGCCUUUCAGUGAGGGAUAUGAGGCAGCAUUCCUCAGGGACAGAAGUGAGAUCAUUCAGUCAUUAUUAUUGGUCAUUUAAACAAUACUAUUAAAAAUGGAGGUAUGUGUUAUCAUAAAUCACAUUGAUGACAUAGCUUAGUUUAAAGAGAUCUGAGUCUCAAACAGUAAUGAUAAAGGAUGAAGAUAGAUCAUCCCCAGGUUGGUGUCGUUUAAUCAGUAUAAUUACAAAUAACAUCCUUUAUCAUAGAUCAUCCUUUUUAUGAAAUAUCUGCCUCACAUUCAGUCAUCCCAAGAUGUCUGUGCUUUGGUACUAUCAUGAUGAUGGAGUGUCUUAAUGGAGGUUUCCUCUGUGAAGCCACCUGGUUUGUGUCAUCAUGGUCCUCUGUCACGUCCUUUGUUUUGCAGUGCGAAGGCUCUGUAGAAGGUCAGGACCUCCCUUAUCGCUGUCCUCCCCUACGGAAAGCCUGGGGGACAUACUGUACAGGAAAACCAAGUAUGUGUUUGACUACACAGUCACAGACAUGAAAGACAAAAAGCCUGGUGAGUCAGCCUGAUAGUGGGAUUUGGAAAUAUAAGUUAUUGAACGCUACAACAAAGAGAUGGAUAGGAUAGCAUCUCUUGGAAAGGCCUGGGGCCCUAUUCAGUCAUAAUCGGUCACAGGCGUUCAGGAUUAAUACCAGAAAAUAUAUUUGUCUUGUGUUUCAAAAGCAUGUUUAAAGUAUAGUAGUAUGAUCUUUUUUAUUUCACAUGCUUUGUACUAUAGAUGAAAUUAAUCCAAUUAUGCCAUGUUUCAGAUGUUUCAAGGUGCGGUUCCAAUCUAAGCCAAUGUGUUAGACCAGCCCUUCCAUUACAUAAGGGCUUCACUAUAUCCACAUCUAGGUACAGCCAGGUGAGUAAAAUAUUGUAAUUGAGAUGAUGUUCACACGCACACACACACACAAACACACACAAUGGUACAGUGGUAACCUGUAUUUACCUUAUUUUUCAGAGAAGGGAACAAUCACUUUAUCAGAUGACAGAGAUCAGGAAAGAUCAUGGUAAGAUCCUAUACUAAUUCCCUAUGUUGUUAAUGUACAAAGAAACACAUGCACAACUGGACAUACCCAAUUGUAAACUGUAACUUUUGUGUUCUUGUUCCCACUUUAGUCGGUAGGCCUUUACUGAUGCUGAAAGGCAAUGCAGGUCUAACCAGCAGUGAUAGCAGCAACAACACGGAUUCAUCUGCUUAUUCAUCCAGACUCACAAAGGUAUCAGAACCCUUUAUUGAUAUUAUGUUGGUAUUGAUAUAGUAAGAACGUCAGUAACAUUUUACAGUCCUGAAUAAACUAAGCAACAUUUACAUAGCCAUUGCCUUCUUUGUUUUAUGACCUAUUUAAUAAUGAGCCAGUAGUGGUACAUUUACUAGCUUCAAUUAAACACAGGAGGUUAGUGUUGCUCUACAUUUGACUCAACCAUCCAACAUGCCAAGCUUAUUCACAUGUGGAACACAUAGGAUAGGCUCUACCAUAACAAAAUAUAUUGAUAUCUUUAAUCUAGGGAAAACCAUCAACAUCUUCUCAGCCAGGACCUGACAUCAAGAUCCCACCAGUAGUAACCAGGAAGCAUUCUGACAUCAUCAGAGAGGUAAUCACUUUAUUAUCUGUUGUGCCCCCGCAAAAUAAGCUUUUGUCCAUGUUUAAAGAGCAGAUAAUGCUGAUUUAGUCAUUUGUUUAUGUUGACCCAUACUCCAUGACCAAUAUACUGUGUAACUUAUAGGAGAGAAAGAGGCACUACUACAAAGACCUGUAUCAGCAGGUGGAGGAGAAGAGACAACAGAAAGAGAGGGAGAGGAGGAGGAUUACCACCGCCGAACAAACUGUGAGUCAUCGCAUGCAUAAUUAUUCUAUGUUACCCAUACCUUUUAUAUAGAGAUAGGACAGGAACUUGUCACCUUUUUUAGUCACAUGAUCCUCAUUAUACCCUACUUCAAAGUAGUCCAACGGAUCCUAAAGCAUUUUGUUCUUGAGUGUUUGGAAUAAUUAUACACAACAAUGGUCACUGAUAGUGAUUGACUCAAUUGUAAGGACUGACAUUGACAGAUUGCACUUCAAUCUCCUUGUCAUUGGCAGCACAAUGAGACAAUGCAGCUCUGCACCUGGGGGAUGCCAGGGAGCGGAGCCCCAAACUACCACCUGGACUCUGUGAGAAGGAACAAGUUCAGUUCUACAGGAAUGAUACCCCAGGAUCAGGUAACAUAUCAACCUGACAUUUAUGUUUAGUAGGGGAGACCGGUGAACAAAGUAACAGUUUUAGGCUUUUGCUUAGUAUGAAAAUAAUAUGGGUUAGGAUCAGGUUAGGAUUAGAAUUUUAGGUAAGGGUUUAAUUGUAAUAUUACAACUCUAUUCCGAGUCUAUUAUAAGUAUUAUUAUAUUUAUAUUUUAAUUAAUUAAUUAAUUAAUAUUAUAAGUAUUGUCUUAAUAAUUAUUAUACCAAUCAAAAGACCUCUUCUUAUUGAUACAAAUUAUAUAUGAUUAGAUACAUGGGGAAUGUUCCGCAGGUCAAUAAUAAAAAAAACUGAGGCAGCAAGAAUAUUUAGAAUUCGGCCUGAAAUUAUUUUUUGGGUCAAUCAAAUAAUUAUUUAUGGAUUUAAGCAAAAUUUCAUAGGCAGGUACUGUAGAUACACUAACCAAACAUUUGCACAUUGUGGCGUGUGAUUUGGACAGAGUCAGGCGCAGGAGGGUAAAUCACUUUUGAAAAGCGGUCCACAACGACCAGGAUAGUGGUGUUACCCUGAGAGAGGGAAGAUCAGUUAGAAAGUCAAUACACAGGUGGGACCAUGGCCGUUGUGGAACUGGUAAGGACUGUAACUUACCCGCUGGGAGGUGCCUAGGUGCCUUACUCUAGGUGCACACCGAGCAGGAGGAGACAUACACCCUCACGUCCUUAGCCAAGGUAGGCCACCAGUACUUUCCGGUCAGGCAGCGCACUGUACGACCGAUACCUGGGUGACCAGAGGAGGGAGACGUGUGGGCCCAAUAUAUCAGACGGUCAUGGACAAGAGACGGCACGUACUGCAGCCCAGCUGGACACUGAGGUGGAGAUGGCUCCGUGUGUACCGCCCGCUCUAUGUCCACGUCCAUCGCCCAUACUACCGGCGCCACAAUGCAGGAGGCCGGGAGUAUGGGGGUGUUGUCUAUGGGCCUCUCCUCUGUGUCGUACAGUCGUGGCAGCGCGUCUGCCUUCAUGUUCUUCGUACCCGGGAUGUAUGACAGAGUAAACUCAAACCGGGUAAGAAUAGGGCCCACCUGGCCUGGCGAGGGUUCAGCCUCCUCGCUGCCCGGAUGUACUCCAGGUUACGGUGGUCCGUCCAGACGAGGAAAGGGUGUUUCGCCCCCUCGAACCAGUGCCUCCACACUGUCAGGGCUCUGACUACAGCCAACAGCUCCCGAUCACCAACGUCGUAGUUCUGCUCCGCUGGUCUGAGCUUCUUGGAGAAGAAGGCACAGUUGCGGAGCUUGGGUGGUGUGCCCGAGCGUUGAGACAGGACAGUGACUAUCCCUACCUCGAAGGCAUCCACCUCCACUACGAACGGUAGUGAUGGAUCGGGAUGGGCCAGUACCGGGGCUGAGGUGAACAGAACCCUCAGGUUACUGAAGGCCCUGUCAGUCUCAGCAGACCAGCGGAGCCGGGACGGCCCACCCUUCAACAGAGAUGUGAUGGGAGCUGCGACCUUGCCAAAGCCCCGGAUAAACCUCCAAUAGUAGUUGGCAAAGCCAAUAAAGCGCUGCACCUCCUUUACCGUGGUUGGAGUCGGCCAAUUACGCAUGGCUGAAAUGUGAUAUCCCUCCAUCUCCACACCUGAGGUGCUAAUGCGGUAUCCAAGGAAGGAGACGGACUGCUGGAAAAACAGACACUUCUCUGCCUUGGCAUAAAGGUCAUUUUCCAACAGUCGGCCCAGCACUUUGCGAACCAGGGACACAUGCUCAGCGCGCGUAGUGGAAUACACCAGAAUGUAAUCGAUGUAGACUACUACACCGUGACCAAGCAUGUCCCGAAACAUCUCGUUCAAAAAGGACUGGAAAACGGAUGGAGCAUUCAUCAAACCGCACGGCAUCACCGGGUAUUCGUAAUGCCCCGUGGUUGUACUGAAUGCUGUCUUCCAUUCGUCCCCCUCUCGGACACGCACCAGGUUAUACGCACUCCGGAGAUCUAAUUUUGUGAAAAAGCGCGCCCCAUGCAUUGACUCGAUCACAGCUGGGAUGAGGGGCAGAGGAUAACUAUAACGUAUUGUCCCCUUGUUCAAUGCUCGGUAAUCAAUGCACGGGCACAGACCUCCGUCUUUCUUCUUCACAAAAAAUAAACUCCAGGAGGCGGGCGAAGUGGAGGGACGUAUGAACCCCUGGCGCAGGGACUUGGAGACAUAUGUCUCCAUCGCCUCCAUUUCAGCCUGCGACAGGGGAUAUACAUGACUCCUGGGAGGCACAGCAUCUACUCGUAGGUUUAUCGCGCAAUCCCCCCUGCCCAGAUGAGGUGGUAAUUUGGUCGCCUGCGUUUUGGAAAACGCGUGCGCCAAAUCGAGGUAUUCGGGGGGGAUGCGCACGGUGGAGGAAGUGUCUGGACUUUCCACUGUGGUUGUACCAACGGAAACAGCUAGGCACCUACCCUGACACUCUCGCGGCCACCCCGUGAGAACCCUCUGCGGCCAUGAAAAGGUGGGGUUGUGUAGUGCUAACCAGGGGAGACCCAACACAACAGGGAAAUAGGGGGACAAAAUAAUAAAAAAUGUGACGUGCUCUCUAUGAGUCCUUUGGGUAACCAUCGUGACUGGUGCUGUAACUUCCCUAACGAACCCUGACCCUAAUGGUCGACUGUCAAGUGCUUUGAUGGGCAGUUGAGUGGAUAGGGGAACCAAUGGAAUACCUAGACUUAGAGCUAACGACCUGUCCAUAAAGAUCCCAGCUGCGCCUGAAUCGACCAGCGCCUUACACUGGGAAACUAUGGGAUAGUCAGGGAAGGUGACGUGUAUGGUACAGUGUGUAGCAGAGAGCUCUGACCGAUUGUGGGUUUGCGCUACCUGGGGUGAUGCGAGAGUGCCCUGCCUGCCGCCUCCAGACCCGGAAGAACCCUGACGACAGCGUGCAGUAUAAUGUCCUCUUCUGCCACAAGAGUGACACUGAAGCUGUCCUCCUCCGUUCUCCCGGAUCACUGCCCCACCCAGCUCCAUCGGAACGGACUCCGAGUUGGUAGGGGUGGGUGAAACGGACAGGCCACUCCCAGGACGUCCUCUAGCAGCCAGCAUGUUGUCCAACCGGAUGGCCAUGUCCACCAGCUGGUCGAAGGUUAACAUGGCAUCCCGGCAGGCUAGCUCCCUUCGGACAUCCUCUCGCAGGCUGCACCGGAAUCUGUCGAUCAGGGCCCGCUCGUUCCACCCGGUCCCAGCCGCUAGGGUCCGAAACGCCAGGGCGAAGUCCUGCGCGGUCCUCGUCCGCUGCCUCAGUUGGACCAGACGCUUGCCCGCCUCUCUUCCUUCGGGCAGGUGGUCGAAGACUGCCUGGAAGAGGCGAGCGAACUCCCCGUAGUUGUCCAACGUGGUUCCUCCUUCUCUCCAGACCGCGUUGGCCCACUCCAGGGCUUUCCCCGAGAGGCAGGAGACGAGGGCGGACACCUUCUCCCGCUCAAAUGGAGCCGGGCUGAUGUUCACGAUGUAGAGGUCCAGCUGCAGGAGGAAUCCCGUAAAACUCCCUCGGUCGGGAUAGAUGAAUCCCCCUGGGUGCUGGAGUGUGGGUGGCCGGAUCCGGUCGCUCAGCUGGUCCCGACGGGUUGGAUCCUCUCCUCUCCAGGCAUUGGACGACCUGGAGAACCCAAUCCAUCACUUCUCCCAAGCUGGCUAGCAUCCUGGAAUGCUCGUGGACCCGUGCCACGACUCCAGGCAUGGGCUCUUCUCCUGCUGACUCCAUGGCAGGUGUGUGAUUCUGUGGCGUGUGAUUUGGACGGAGUCAGGCGCAGGAGGGUAAAUCACAGAAUAAAGGUUUAUUCCGUAUAUAUAAGGAGCUCCACCGAGCACAUAUAACCUCCACAAUAAACAAUCACACACAAAGACAAGGGGGCAGAGGGAACACUUAUACAGGUACUGAUGAGGGGAAUUGAAACCAGGUGUGUGUAAUAAUCAAGACAAAACAAAUGGAAUGAUGAGAUGAGGAGCGGCAGUGGCUAGAAGGCCGGUGACCUCGAACACGGAAGCCUGCCAGAACAAGGAGAGGAGGCAGCUUCGGAGGACGUUGUGGCACACAUUGAAUAACAGCUGUCUAAGUUAUUUAUAAUUUGAGUUAUUUAGUUACUUUGUGCCCUGUGUUACUUUGUUCUCCGGUCUCCCCUACUACCAUUCACUACAUAGAAGCAGGUAACCUUUAUUAACAGGUUUCAGGGCCCAUAUUCACAAGAUGUCCGAGUUGGAGCGCUGAUCGAGAAUACGUUUUGCCUUUUACAUCAUAAUUAAUAACAUGAUAUGGACAAGGGGGAUCUCAUCCUAGAUCAGCACUCUUACUCCAAGACCAUUUGUGUAUCCUAGAUUAUAUCCACUAUACAGUGCAUUGGGAAAGUAUUCAGACCCCUUGACUUUUUCUACAUUUUCUUACGUUACAGCCUUACUCUAAAAUGGAUUAAAUCGUUUUUCCCCCUCAUCAAUCUACACACAAUACCCAUAAUGACAAAGCAAAAACAGGUUUUAGUAUAUAUUUGCAAAUGUAUACAAAAAAAAAUAAUGAAAUAUCACAUUUACAUAAGUAUUCAGACCCUUUACUCAGUACUAUGUGGAAGCACCUUUGGCAGCGAUUACCGCCUUGAGUCUUCUUGGGUAUGACGCUACAAGCUUGGCACAUAAUGUUGCUGCUACUGUCUCUUAUGACCGAAAAGAGCUUCUGGACAUCAGAACAGCGAUUACUCACCUUGAACUGGACAAAUAAUAUUUAUUCAAUGAGUCAGACGAGAGGGAUUUGCUCCAGACAUCCGACAGGGCCCUCAUCCCCAUCAUUCGCAGUAGAAAGAAAAUAAGAUAUUGCGGAAGGAGAUCGGGGUGCCUAGUAAAGAGCCGGCGACAAGUGGCUAAUCUGCCUUUGCCAUCGAUACUAUUGGCCAACGUACAAUCGCUUGAUAAUAAAGUGGACGAACUAGAAGCACGUAUAUCCUACCAACGGGACAUUAGAAACUGUAAUAUCUUAGGUUUCACCGAGUCGUGGCUGAACGACGACAUGAAUAACAUACAGCUGGCGUGUUAUACACUGUAUCUGCAGGAUAGAACAGCAGCCUCUGGUAAGACAAGGGGUGGCGGUCUAUGUAUAUUUGGAAACAACAGCUGGUGCACGAUAUCUAAGGAGGUCUCUAGGUUUUGCUCGCCUGAGGUGAAGUAUCUCAUGAUAAGCUGUAGACCACACUAUCUACCAAGAGAGUUUUCAUCUAUAUUCUUCGUAGCUGUCUAUUUACCACCACAAACCGAUGCUGGCACUAAGACUGCUCUCAAUGAACUGUAUACAGCCAUAAGCAAACAGGAAAACGCUCAUCCAGAGGCGGCGCUCCUAGUGGCCGGGGACUUUAAUGCAGGGAAACUUAAAUCCGUUUUACCUCAUUUCUACCAGCAUGUUAAAUGUGCAACCAGAGGGGAAAAAACUAGACCACCUUUACUCCACACACAGAGACGGGUACAAAGCUCUCCCUCGCCCUCCAUUUGGCAAAUCUGACCAUAAUUCUAUCAAGCAAAAACUAAAGCAGGACGCACCAGUGACUCGGUCAAUAAAAAAGUGGUCAGAUGAAGCAGAUGCUAAGCUACAGGACUGUUUUGCUAGCACAGACUGGAAUAUGUUCUGGGAUUUUUCCGAUGGCAUUGAAGAGUACACCACAUCAGUCACUGGCUUCAUCAAUAAGUGCAUCGAUGACGUCGUCCCCACAGUGACUGUACGUACAUACCCCAACCAGAAGCCAUGGAUUACAGGCAACAUCCGCACUGAGCUAAAGGGUAGAGCUGCCGCUUUCAAGGAGUGGGACUCUAACACGGAAGUUUAUAAGAAAUCCCGCUAUGCCCUCCGACGAACCAUCAAACAGGCAAAACAUCAAUACAGGACUAAGAUCGAAUCGUACUACACCGGCUCCGACGCAAACUAUUACAGACUACAAAGGGAAGCACAGCCGCGAGCUUCCCAGUGACACAAGCCUAGCAGACGAGCUAAAUUACUUAAAUGCUCGCUUCGAGGAAAGUAAUACUAAAACAUUCAUGAGAGCAUCAGCUGUUCCGGACGACUGUGUGAUCACGCUCUCCGUAGCCAUGUGAGUAAGACCUUUACACAGGUCAACAUUCACAAGGCCGCAGGGCCAGAUUGAUUACCAGGACGUGUACUCCGAGCAUGCGCUGACCAACUGGCAAGUGUCUUCACUGACAUUUUCAACCUCUCCCUGUCUGUCUGUAAUACCAACAUGUUUCAAGCAGACCACCAUAGUCCCUGUGCCCAAGAACACUAAGGUAACCUUCCAAAAUGACUACCGACACGUAGCACUCACGUCUGUAGCCAUGAAGUGCUUUGAAAGGCUGGUCAUGGCUCACAUCAACACCAUUAUCCCAGAAACUCUAGACCCACUCCAGUAUGCAUACCGCCCCAACAGAUCCACAGAUGAUGCAAUCUCUAUUGCGCUCCACACUGCCCUUUCACACCUGGACAAAAGGAACACCUGUGAGAAUGCUAUUCAUUGACUACAGCUCAGCGUUCAACACAAUAGUGCCCUCAAAGCUCAUCACUAAGCUAAGGACCCUGGGACUAAACACCUCCCUCUGCAACUGGAUCCUGGACUUCCUGACGGGCCGCCCCCAGGUGGUAAGGGUAGGUAACAACACAUCUGCCACGCUGAUCCUCAACACGGGGUCCCCUCAGGGGUGCGUGCUCUUUCCCCUCCUGUACUUCCUGUUCACUCAUGACUUCAUGGCCAGGCACGACUCCAACACCAUCAUUAAGUUUGCCGAUGACACAAAAGUGGUAGGCCUGAUCACCGACAUCGACGAGACAGCCUAUAGGGAGGAGGUCAGAGAACUGGCCGUGUGGUGCCAGGACAACAACCUCUCCCUCAACGUGAUCAAGACAAAGGAGAUGAUUGUGGACAACAGGAAAAAGAAGAGGACCGAGCACGCCCCCAUUCUCAUCGACUGGGCUUUAGUGGAGCACGUUGAGAGCUUCAGGUUCCUUGGUGUCCACAUCACCAACAAACUAACAUGGUCCAAGCACACCAAGACAGUCGUGAAGAGGGCACGAAAAAAGCUAUUCCCCCUAAGGAGACUGAAAAGAUUUGGCAUGGGUCCUCAGAUCCUCAAAAGGUUCUACAGCUGCAUCAUCGAAAGCAUCCUGACUUGGUGCAUCACUGCCUGGUAUGGCAACUGCUCGGCCUCCGACCGCAAGGCACUACAGAGGGUAGUGUGUACGGCCCAGUACAUCACUGGGGCCAAGCUUCCUGCCAUCCAGGACCUCUAUACCAGGCGGUGUCAGAGGAAGGCCCUAAAAAUUGUCAAAGACUCCAGCCACCCUAGUCAUAGACUGUUCUCUCUGCUACCGCACGGCAAGCGGUACCGGAGCGCCAUGUCUAGGUCCAAGAGGCUUCUAAACAGCUUCUACCCCCAAGCCAUAAGACUCCUGAACAUCUAAUCAAAUGGCUACCCAGACUAUUUGCAUUGCCCCCCCCCCCCCCUUUAUGCUGCUGCUACUCUCUGUUUAUUAUCUAUGCAUAGUCACUUUAAUAACGCUAUCUACAUGUAUCUAUUACCUCAAUUACCUCGACUCACCGGUGCCCCCGCACAUUGACUCGGUACCGGUACCCCCUGUAUAUAGCGUCGCUAUUGUUAUUUUACUGAUGCUCUUUAAUUAUUUGUUACUUUUAUUACUUAUUAUUUUUUGUAUUCUUUCUUAAAAUGGCGUUGUUGGUUAAGGGCUUGUAAGUAAGCAUUUCACUGUUGUAUUCAGCGCAUGUGACAAAUACAAUUUGAUUUGUAUUUGGGGAGUUUUUCCCAUUCUUCUCUGCAGAUCCUCUCAAACUCUGUCAGGUUGGAUGGGGAGCGUCGCUUCACAGCUAUUUCCAGGUCUCUCCAGAGAUGUUCGAUCAGGUUCAAGUCCGGGCUCUGGCUGGGCCACUCAAGGACAUUAAGAGACUUGUCCCGAAGCCACUCCUGCGUUGUCUUGGCUGUGUGCUUAGGGUCGUUAUCCUGUUGGAAGGUGAACCUUCGCCCCAGUCUGAGGUCCUGUGCGCUCUGGAGCAGGUUUUCAUCUAGGUCUCUCUGUACUUUGCUCCGUUCAUCUUUCCCUUGAUCCUGAGUAGUCUCCCAGCCCCUGCCGCUGAAAAACAUCCCCACAGCAUGAUGCUGUCACCACCAUGCUUCACCGUAGGGAUGGUGCCAGGUUUCCUCCAGACGUGACACUUGGCUUUCAGGCCAAAGAGUUCAAUCUUGGUUUCAUCAGACCAGAAAAUCUUGUUUCUCAUGGUCUCAGAGUCCUUUAGGUGCCUUUUGGCAAACUCCAAGCGGGCUGUAAUGUGCCUUUUACUGAGGAGUGGCUUCUGUCUGGCCGCUCUACCAUAAAGGCCUGAUUGGUGGAGUGCUGCAGAAAUGGUUGUCCUUCUGGAAGGUUCUCCCAUCUCCACAGAGGAACUCUGGAGCUCUGUCAGAGUGACCAUUGGGUUCUUGGUCACCUCCCUGACCAAGGCCCUUCUCCCCUGAUGGCUCAGUUUGGCCGGGUGGCCAGCUCUAGGAAGAGUCUUGGUGGUUUCAAACUUCUUCCAUUUAAGAAUGAUGGAGGCCACUGUGUUCUUGGGGACCUUCAGAAUUUUUUUUGUACCCUUCCCCAGAUCUGUGCCUCCACACAAUCCUGUCUCAGAGCUCUACGGACAAUUCCUUCAACCUCAUGGCUUAGUUUUAGUUAUGACAUGCACUGUCAACUGUGGGACCUCAUAUAGACAGGUGUGUGCCUUUCCAAAUCAUGUCCAAUCAAUGAAUUUACCACAGGUGGACUCCAAUCAAGUUGUAGAAAUAUCUCAAGGAUGAUCAAUGGAAACUGGAUGCACCUGAGCUCAAUUUCGAGUCUCAUACCAAAGGGUCUGAAAACGUAUGUAAAUCAUGUAUUUCUGUUUUAUUUAUUUUUAUAAAUGUGCAAACAUUUAUAAAAAGCUGUUUUCGCUUCGUCAUUAUGGGGUAUUGUGUGUAGAUUGCAGUAAAAAAAAAAUCCAUUUUAGAAUAAGACUGUAACAUAACAAAAUGUGGAAAAGGUCAAGGGGUCUGUAUACUUUCCGAAGGCACUAUAUGUCACUGAAUAUUGACUAUUCACAAUCACUAUUAUGGGGUAUUGUGUGUAGACUGAUGAGGAAAAAAAUUAACUUAAAAAGGUCAAGGGGUCUGAAUACUUUCCCGAAUGCACUGUAUAACUGUGCCUUGAAAAUAAUCCCUCAAUUUAUGCAGCAUCCGCCUGUCGGCCUUCCGCAUCUGCGGUGGAAGGUUGCCGAACUACAGCGGAGUUUGUCAGACCAUGAGACAUCCAGAAUAUUGGUCUUCUCACAAAAACCUCUUUAGGGUCCGAAUGGUUUGGCCUACGGUUUGACCUUUCCACUCUAUGGACAGGGGAGACUCUCACGAACAUGAUGGUGACUCGUCAGAAGUCGGUAACGCUGAUGUGCCAACUUUUUUCUGUAGUGUCCGAACCAUUUGAGCUACAAACUAAUAUGACCCCACUAGUAUCAAAACCUUAUUCCUCAUUAUUUAUUUUUUGACUGUAUUUUUUGCCAUUUAUGAAUGUGUUACUCAAUGCAUUUCUAUGGGCUAUAGUAGUAAAGGCCAAAUUCAAUAUUUUAUCGAAUCAUUGUAUUUAUCAUUUGAUACCUAAAGGGGUCCUAAAAUUCUAAAUCAAAUAGCUAAAUGAUCCGUGGUAUGACCAUCUCAAAACAAUUCCACAAUCCCUCCCCCUUAGACUUUUAGAGGGUUAAAGAUGCCAUUGAAAUGUGACACUUUGAUUAUAUUUGAUUAUAGGUCAUUUGAAAAAGAAAAGGAGAGCUGCACACUCAGUUGCAAAUAAUAACAGACAAGCUGUCUUCAUCAGGGUAUAAUGACAAACACUGCGGGUCACAAGUUUAUAUAGUUUCAAAGGACACACAGGUAUCUGUAAUUAUGGCUGAGUGUAGCUUGAUUUCAUUGGUUAAUUUACAGAUAUAAAUAGAACAUAUAAAAAGCAUGAAUGGAUAACAUACGAUCAUAGAUACAAUUUGGCUACAUAGGCCUACAAACAGCAAAAUCACAAGAAUGGCUUCAGAUCAAAGUCUACGUUGAGACCGAAGGGAGCAAGGGUCUUUAAAUUAAAGAUCCAGGCAGCCUCUUGUUUUAACAAUAAAUUGUCAAGGUCACCCCCUCUCCUAGGGAGGGUGACAUGUUCGAUGCCGAUAUAACGAAGGGACGAAAUAGAGUGGUUUGCUUCCAAAAUGUGGGCCGCAUCUGGGUAUGUCGAGUUUUUGCACCUAAUGGUGCUACGAUGCUCCGAGAUUCUUACGUUUUAAUUCACGCUUCGUUUUACCUAUAUCAUUUUUACCACAAUGACAAGUUAUAAGAUAAAUAACUGCCUUAGUGGAGCACGUGAUAACACCUUUGAUUGGGAUCUGUUUCCCUGUCAGGGGGGUUUGAAGGAUCUACAUUUGUAAGUGCCAUUGCAUUGAGCACAGCCAUUACACUUGUAGUUUCCAUCCGGUAGAGGCGCAAAUAGACGUUGUGCAGGGGUAUUUUGGGGUGGUAAAUCAGAGUUUACCAAUUGAUCUCUGAGAUUUCUGCCCCGCGAGAAUACAACCAAGGGAGGGUCCGAAAACACAUUACCAAUACUGUCAUCAGAUCUUAGAAUGUGCCAAUGUUUGUGAACGAUUCCCUUAAUUUGUUCAGAGCACUUUGAGUAGCGUGUUGUCUGAGGUUAUAACAUAGUCUGGAUGCUGGUUCAUAGUGCCCAUUAAACCCUGUUUUGGUUGAUAGGUUGACCUCUGAAUGUUGUCUUUGUUCUGUCCUCAGCUCCGCUGUAAAGGCUUCAGCGGGAUCCCUUUUCAUCUGCAUGUCAAAUGA